AUGUCGGAGGCCCAGUUCAGACCGGCGUUGAUCGUCGUCGACUUCCAGGAGGAUUUCUGUCCGCCGGGCUUGGCGAGGCGUGCGCCGUCUCCUCGAGGAACCGUCCGGAAACAUGGCUCACUCGCCGUGGCCGACGGCCGCGACAUCCAUCCCGUCGUCAACUCGCUGCUGCGUCUGCCGUUUGUGACCAAGAUCGCCACCAAGGACUGGCACCCCAGAGACCACAUCUCGUUUGCCUCCAACCACGAGGACAAGCAGCCGUUUGUCGAUGCCAUUGACAUCGUCAACCCGCGAAACAGCACCGAGACUUUCCACACACGCCUGUGGCCGGUGCACUGUGUGCAGGGGACGCCCGGCGCAGCCCUGGUGCCGGAGCUGGAUCUCUCGGCGGUCGACACCGUCAUCGAGAAGGGCCAGAACGAGGCCGUCGAGAUGUACAGCGCCUUUUACGACCCCUUCCAGUCGCCGCGGGUGUCGGACAGCGGACUCGCGGCGGCUCUCAAGGACAAGGGCAUCACGGACGUCUAUGUGGUCGGUCUGGCUGGCGACUACUGCGUCAACUGCACCGCCGCAGAUGCGAACAAGGAAGGGUUCCGGACCUUCAUCGUCGAGGAGGGCACGAGGCCAGUGGACGCCGAGCAAUGGGUCAAGUGCAAGGGCGAGUUAGAGGCCAGCGGUGUCAAGAUUGUCAGCGUGGAGGGUCCGGAGGUCCGGAGGGUUGGAACGGCUUCACGAGGAUGA